AGCGAAAUUUUAUCAAAGUUCCUGAAAAACUCAAACGGUCAGAAUCCACUGCGAGUUUUCUUCACGAGUGUCAGACUCUGAAAUCUGGAUGAACGGAAGAACUUAAGCAGUUCAGCUAAUAUUAAAUAGGCUACCGAAAGUAUUUGCCAUAAUUAUUAUUAAUUUUCAUCUUUUCAUCAGCAGCUGAGUUGGGAUCAAAACCGGACCAGAAUCUACAGACAUGUCGAAUCUGUGUGCUUCUGCUGAGCAGAGGCCUCUGGUGUCCCAGCGCUCCCUGCCCGGCACUCCCGUCACCCACAAACACCUGCCCAUCGACCUGCGCACAUCCAUGGACGGAAAAUACAAGGAGAUCGCUGAGGAGCUGCUGGCGAGGAGUCUGACAGACAGCGACAUGCGUUGUGCUCCGUACGAGUUUCCUGAAGAGAGUCCCAUAGAACAGCUGGAGGAGAAACGCCACCGUCUGGAGCGACAGAUCAGUCAGGACGUCAAGCUUGAGCCUGAGAUUCUGCUGCGAGCCAAACAAGACUUCAUGAAAAUAGACAGCGCAGCCGACCUGGAGAGUCUGAAGGACAGUCGAGAGGACGCGAUCAGCCAGCAUCACAUGGAGCGCGAGAUGCUCGUUGAGAAAGAGUUCCAGCGCGUGUCCAUCUCAGGAGAGGAGAAGUGUGGGGUGCCCUUCACUGAUCUGGUGGACGCAGCGAAGUGUGUGGUGAAGGCCCUGUUCAUCAGAGAGAAGUACAUCGCUCUGUCGCUGCAGACCUUCUGUAAGACCACGGCACGAUCCCUGCAGGAGCUCAACCAGAGACCGCUGGACGUCAGCGUCUACGAGGACCUUCGCGGGAGUCCCGUUGACUCAGACAUGCGUGUCCACAUGCCGGUGUCAGAAACGCACCCGUACGACGUGCAGCACAUGAAGAACCUGCUGCCCGACGCCGGAUACAGCUGCGCCAUGGUGGACGGAGUCUUUCACGUCUACACCACACAAAACCCCAUGGACAAGAGCUCAGAGCUGGACCUGCCGUAUCCAGACCUGAAGGAAUACAUCGCCGAUAUGAACGUCAUGAUGGCGCUCAUCAUUAACGGCCCCGUGAAGUCGUUCUGUUACCGGCGGCUGCAGUAUCUGAGCUCCAAGUUUCAGAUGCACGUCCUGCUGAACGAGAUGAAGGAGCUCGCCGCGCAGAAACAAGUGCCGCACCGAGACUUCUACAACAUACGCAAGGUGGACACACACAUCCACGCCUCGUCCUGCAUGAAUCAGAAGCACCUGCUGCGGUUCAUCAAGCGUGCGAUGAAGAAGUACCCGGACGAGAUCGUGCACAUGGAGGGCGGCCGCGGGCAGACGCUGAUGGAGGUGUUCGAGAACAUGAACCUGACGGCCUACGACCUCAGCGUGGACACGCUCGACAUGCACGCGGACAGGAACACCUUCCAUCGCUUCGACAAGUUCAACUCCAAAUACAAUCCCAUCGGAGAAUCCAUCCUGAGAGAGAUCUUCAUCAAAACUGACAACCACAUCCACGGGAAAUACUUCGGCCACAUCGUCAAGGAAGUGAUGUCAGACCUGGAGGAGAGUAAGUAUCAGAACGCCGAGCUGCGUCUGUCCAUCUACGGCCGCUCCAUGGACGAGUGGGACAAUCUGGCGCAGUGGGCCGUUUCUCACUCCGUCUACUCCGAUAACGUCCGCUGGCUGAUCCAGAUCCCUCGACUGUUUGACGUUUACCGCACAAAGAAGCAGCUGAGCAACUUCCAGCAGAUGCUGGAGAACAUCUUCCUGCCUCUGUUCGAGGCGACCAUCAAUCCCAGCAGCCACCCGCAGCUGCACCUCUUCCUGCAACAUGUGGUGGGGUUCGACAGCGUGGACGACGAGUCUAAACCGGAGCAUCACAUCUUUAACCUGGACAGUCCGUCUCCGGCGCGCUGGUGUGACGACGACAACCCGCCGUACUCGUACUAUCUGUACUACAUGUACGCCAACAUGACCGUCCUGAACCACCUGCGCAGGAGGCGGGGCUUCCACACCUUCGUGCUGCGACCUCACUGCGGGGAGGCGGGGCCUAUUCAUCACCUGGUGUCUGGAUUCAUUCUGUCAGAAAACAUCUCACACGGACUGCUGCUCAGGAAGGCUCCGGUCCUGCAGUACCUGUACUAUCUGGCCCAGGUGGGCAUCGCGAUGUCUCCGCUUAGCAACAACAGUCUGUUUCUGAGUUACCACCGCAACCCUCUGCCCGAGUAUCUGUCCCGCGGCCUGAUGGUGUCACUGUCCACCGACGACCCGCUGCAGUUCCACUUCACUAAGGAGCCUCUGAUGGAGGAGUACAGCAUCGCCGCUCAGGUGUGGAAACUGAGCUCAUGUGACAUGUGUGAACUGGCCAGAAACAGCGUGUUAAUGAGCGGCUUCUCACACAGGGCUAAGGGUUAUUGGCUGGGUCCCAACUACAACAAAGAGGGUCCGAUCAGUAAUGACAUCCGCCGCACAAACGUCCCCGACAUCCGUGUGUCGUACCGACACGAGACGCUGUGCGAAGAACUUCACCUCAUCACGCAGGCCGUCCGAACGCAGGAGCUGGACCGCAUCGAGGAGGAGGACAUGCUGUCCUUCACGUCCAGCCAAUCUACGGCCCCGCCCACAUUCUCACCUGUCCAAUCAGCACGCUAAAGACAGGCCACAGCCCCACCCACAAUCACACCUGUCAAAUCAGCAUGCUAGAAAUGAGCCAUGACCCCACCCACAUUCUCACCUGUCCAAUCAGCACGCUACAGACAAGCCCCGCCCACAUUCUCACCUGUCCAAUCAGCACACAAAAGACAAGCCCCGCCCACGUUCUCACCUGUCCAAUCAGCACGCUAGAGAAACCAUUCCCCCACCCACAUUCUCACCUGUCCAAUCAACAUGCUAGAGACAAGCCCCGCCCACACUCUCACCUGUCAAUCAACACGCUACAGAUGAGCCUUGACCCCACCCACAUACUCACACCUGUCCAUCCAGCACGCUAGAAAAGCCAUGACCCCGCCCACAUUCUCACCUGUCCAAUCAGCACACAAAAGACAAGCCCCGCCCACAUUCUCACCUGUCAAUCAACACGCUACAGAUGAGCCUUGACCCCACCCACAUACUCACACCUGUCCAUCCAGCACGCUAGAAAAGCCAUGACCCCGCCCACAUUCUCACCUGUCCAAUCAGCACACAAAAGACAAGCCCCGCCCACAUUCUCACCUGUCCAAUCAGCACGCUAGAGAAACCAUUCCCCCACCCACAUUCUCACCUGUCCAAUCAACAUGCUAGAGACAAGCCCCGCCCACAUUCUCACCUGUCCAAUCAGCACGCUAGAGAAGCCAUUACCCCACCCACAUUCUCACCUGUCCAAUCACCACGCUAGAGAUGAGCCUUGACCCCACCCACAUACUCAUGCCUGUCCAACCAGCACGCUAGAGAAGCCAUGACCCCGCCCACAUUCUCACCUGUCCAACCAGCACGCUAAAGAACGGCGCAGGACCAAAGCGACAUUCCCCUUAUCAGUGUUCAUGUCAUUUCAGUGCACGUUUCAGCUAUGCAUCAAUAUAAUGCAACGAGCGCGAGUGUCUUUCAUUAUACCUCCGUCACGAGCCUCGUGAUGACAUCACAGCUCCCUCACGUGCCUUUUACUUUAGCUACUUUUAUUUUGAAGGUUUGGCUGCGAUUAUAUCUUACUGUGAACGUGUCUUUUAGUCUUUGAUUAUGUUAACCUUUUAAUUUCUAAAUCGAUUUGAAGGAUUUAUUUUCUCUGAUGGCCGAACUGUUCAGAUGUGUGUUACGAAUCUCCUCCGGUCCUGCAGGAGGCGCCGUUGAGGCCAAAAUGAGCAGUAUUUUUCUAACCCUAAACCUCCUGUAUGCUCGCUAACCGCUGUAAAGUUUACACAUCUAUAUGAAGGUAGUUUACGUAGAUCUCCUCGUACACUAGAUACACAUUACGCCCGACAAUUCCAUGACUGACGUAUUUCCGGAUCCGGCAUGUGUUCGGUACUUUUAAACUGACUGUUAAUCUUCACGCAGGAUUGUGAUCUUCCCACUAAUAAAUCGCACAAAUCAUGAGAUCAAAACAGCAUGGUUUAUAGAAAUGAGCAUGCUGAUCGAGCAGAUUCAGAGCAAAGCAUGAGGUUCAACAUGCUAGAAAGUAAAUGAUCACAAGUAAUGGUAUAAAAUAUAUAUGUAUAUCUUUAUUUUUUGUGAAUGAGAUUGUUAGUCUAUAGCAGUACUGAUCAGAAAAGAGUAUUUUAUUCAUAUCAAUAAAGCAUGUGUGUAUUCAA